AUGGGGAGAAAAAAACUAAUCAAUCCUCGCAUUAUCUAUUUUGAAAAAGACAGCAGUAUAGACGGAUCCGGCAAGUUAUGCUACAUUGGAAAAAGAGGGCAAAUAGAUAAAAUAAUUCCAUUUGAAAAUAAAUUACAAUUAGAUCUUUUAUUAAAAUCUCCAAUAGAAAACACAGAAGAUAAAGUAAAUUUUCCAAAAAUUGAGUUAGAAACAGAUCAAUUAAACAAGCUAAAUCCAGCAUUUGCUCAAGAAAAUGUUGUAAUACAAUCAACGAAACUCGAACAAAAUACAGAUCAUGAGGAAUAUGCCCAAAAUGAUGAUGAUCCAGAUUCAGUACCAAUUAUUGUUGAAUCAUCUAUAACGGAACCUGUUAUACCAAUAUCUCGAGAAUAUAAUACCUCUACAUCUCAGCUGUAUUAG